AGUCAAAAGCAAAUUUAAUUCAAAACACAGAAUGACAGAACACAUAUGUAUAUACAUUCUUUUUUUCAAAAAAACAUAGUGAUUCAAGAAGCAUAAUGAAUAAAGGAAAAAUAACUUUUGGCAAAAUAAGUGCCAAUUUUGGAGAAAACUCUCAGAAAAUAGAAGCCAGCGGCUCAAUAGGUCAAGUUUCAUCAUUCAAUGUAGAAGAAAUACAACACCUAGAUGAUGAGGUGGAAAAAGAAAGGGAAAAAAUCCAGAAUCUGAUGGGAAUAACAUCUUUCGGAAAAAAAGCGAAGAGUUUCGACGUACAGGAAUUGAUGGAACAGAUGAUUAAAUCCACAAAAGCAGAAAUUCCCCAAACUCCUGUUGAAGAAGAAAGUGAUGAUGAUGAUGAUGAUGAUCUUAUUGGACCUCCAGUGCCAACUGAUUUAGAAAACUCAACUUCAGAAAAAGGUGCAUUGGAAAAAGAAAGUGAUUCAGAAAGUGAUGCCGAAGAUUCACAAGUUUUCAUUCCUCACUCCCAAGAAGCAACUAUGAUUCAUGGAAAUAAAGCUGUUACUGCACUUAAUCUGGAUCCUAGUGGUGCUCGACUCGCCACGGGUUCUGUUGAUUAUGAUGUUAGUUUCUGGGAUUUUGCUGGAAUGGAUUCAAAUCUGAGAAGUUUCAGAACUUUGCAACCAGCUGAAAAUCAUCCUAUCAGAGGUUUAUAUUAUUCAGGUACUGGUGAUUUGCUUCUAGUUAUAUCUGGAGCAUCUCAAGCUAAAGUUUUAGACAGGGAUGGCUUUGAGAAAUUGGAAACUGUGAAAGGAGACAUGUAUAUAACAGAUCAAGCUAGGACUAAAGGACAUACUGCUGGACUAUUUGGUGGUGGUUGGAAUCCAGUUAUAAAGGAAGAGUUUAUGACAAGUAGUGCUGACGGCACAGUGAGAACCUGGGACUUUUAUAAUGGAGGGAAAAAUCACAAGACUGUUAUUAAGUGUAGAGGUCAGAAUGGCCUAAAAGUAACUCCUACUUCUAUUACCUAUAAUCGUGAGGGUAAAAUUAUAGGUUGUGGCUGUGCUGAUGGUUCGAUUCAACUUUGGGACUUAAGAAAGAGCUCAAUUGCUCCUGCUACCCAACUUCGUAAAGCUCAUUUACCUUCAGAAAUAUCAAGCAUCAGAUUCUCCCACAUUGGUAAUUAUUUGCUCACAAGAAGCCUGGAUUCCACUAUGAAGUUAUGGGAUAUAAGAGCUAUGAAAACAUGUACGAAAGAAGUAGGGGAUCUAUAUACUAGAUAUGAUACGACAGAUGCCAUUUUCAGCCCUAAUGAUAAGAUAGCAGUUACCAGUCACUCACUUGAUAAAGGAGAAAAUAUGGGCAACAUAUUAUUUUACAGCAUUCCUGAACUCAAUCUGAUUAAGAAAAUCCCUGUAACAAAUUCCCAUACCAUUAAGCUAGCAUGGCACCCCAAACUGAACCAGAUAUUUGUUGGUACUGGAAAUGGUAUGGUUAAAUGUUAUUAUGAUGAAAAAGUGUCCCUUCGAGGUGCCACACUCUGUGCAGCUAAAAUGCAUAGAAAAACCCAACAUUCUGAGAUUGUCAGUACACAGCAAGUAUUGACUCCUCACGCCUUACCCUUGUUCCGUCAAGAAAGGAGAAAAACUAGUCGAAAACAAAUGGAAAAGGACAGAUUGGAUCCUGUGAAGUCUCGAAGACCAGAUCUACCAAUCACAUCAGGGCAAGGUGGAAGAGUGGCUUCUAGCGGAAGUACUUUGAGCAGUUACGUUAUAAGAAAUCUUGGAAUGAGUAAAAGGGUUAACGAUGAUCAGGAUCCUAGAGAAGCAAUCUUAAAGUAUGCUAAAGAUGCCGAAGAAAAUCCAUAUUGGAUUACACCUGCAUAUGAGAAGACGCAACCGAAAAAAAUUUUUAAUGAUAGUUCAAGUGAAGAACCACCGCAAAAAAAGAACAAGCCCGAUUAAUUUUCAAUAAAAUCUUAUAUUAUUGAAAAAGCUCGAAUUAAAUUAUUGCGUGCAA